AAAAAAAGCACUCUCCAUCUUGUCAUUGGUAAGUAAAAUUAGGGUUCUCUUCCCUCCACCGCCUUCCUCGCCGGAAAAUCGUCUCCCGCUUCGUCUUCCAGAUGGAUACUUCAAGUCCAGCUGCUUUUGUGAACGGAGAUUUGUUGAGACGGUACAUUGGUCAGAAAGUGAGAGCAGUGGUUCAAGUGAUCCGGUCUGAUAUUGGAUCUGUGGUUGGGAAAACGACUGAUGAUCAGCAGAUUGUGGUUAAAGGCUCUCCUCCUCCUUCUCUAACCACUUACCUCGAGGUUAUUGGAAUCGCUGAGAGUGAUAACACUAUUCGAGCUGAUGUUUGGACCAACUUUGGUGACAAUUUCGAUGCAGGGAACUAUAAUGAGCUGUGUAAGCUUGCAAAUGGAGAGUUUAGACACAUGUUCAUCUAAACUUACAUGAUGAAUUGUCAGGAAGCUCUUCUUGUUUGGUGUUAGUUUCACGCUAUUUGAUCUUAUUAUGAUCUUCGGUUUUUCUGUAUGGAAUGUUGGAAACUAAUGUUUCAUGUUAGAUUCAGUGACUGCUAUGUUAAUCUUACUUUUGGAGUCAA